AUGCUUUUAUGCUACCACCCCAACCACACCACAUUCGGAAGUGGGUGGCAGUACACUCAAUGCCAUGUAAGGCCCAGACCUUUCCGAGCAUUCAUUCAGUUACAUUCCACCCACGGGUAACAGCAAUUCGGUGAUUAAUUAAAUAUCGGCUAAGUGCGAGGAACCGGCCUGUAAUACUCAUAGAAAAGUUCGAAGUCUGACGAAAAUGUGCAACUUAAGCCAUUCCAUCGAGUCGAUCAACGUUACGGACAACGAAAAGUUCACUUAUCCAAUUAUUUUACUGAAGGGUGUGAUAGUCAAUCGUUGCCAGGCAGGUGAGCUAAAAUUGCAAAUCGAUAAUUGCGAUUGGCCAGCAUCCAAAGAUGUAAGAUUCGUCAAUGACAAACGAGGUCAAUUUAAAGUGAUAUUUCGGCUUAAACAGGGAGAGAACAGAGUUUCUCUUGCGUACUGUCAUCAUGAAAUUGAUUUCAACUUAUUCUACGAAAAGGCCGGGAACCCCUAUUCCAUCACACCGCUCUACAUAAUUUGCAGUGGCCAUGAUGGGCGGUACCAAUCGGACACGCAAGAAAAUGACGUCGAUAGCGCGUGCCGCAAGAUUACCCUGGGGAUUGAAAUGGUGCAAAGUCUCUAUGCGGAGAAGCUCUUGGAAAAGGGUUGGGGUCGAAAAACGUUUACAAUCAGUGGGGCCUGUUUACCCUUUCAUAGCUCUCUGCCGGUGGAAGACUCGAAACGCAUGUCAGACCAACAAUUAUGGAACUACUUUGCGAAAGAGGUUCUACAGUCGGAUUUGCUUCUAUCGGAGAAGCAGAAGUUCAUAGGUUUUAUCAGUAGCACCUACUACGAAGGGAUUUCGGAUAACGACUUUUCGUACGAGAACAUCAAACGAAGAACCACGGGAAAUGCUGCUCUCGGUGGAGGGGGAUUGGCGCUCUUCGGAACAGGGUGCCUCUACACAUGGCCGAGCAGAUUAGACGAGAUUGUACCUGCUUUUUUGAACACCAAGCAAGUCGACCGCACUUUGAUGAUGGACGAUAGUAAUUACCGACACACCUAUGGAGGAUGUUACGCCACCACCAUCGGAUCAGUUUGCCACGAGAUGGGACACAUUUUCGAUCUUGGCCACACAAAGGACGGCAUCAUGGGCGCCGGCUUAGAUCACAUCAAUCGCGUUUUCACGCUAAUUACCAACACCGAGGAUCUGCCGGAACGCAUUGUCGGUCGCCAGGCGCCAGCUAGGAAGCCGCUGAACAGCAAACUAACGCAGAUCAAGCGUCCCGGGGAUUUUCUACGAAAGUACCAGCAGCAGAAAGAAAGCGAUGUAACCUUUUUCGCAGAUAAUUGUGCAGUUACUUUACAGUUGCAUAAGUGGUUCAACAAUGGUCUCAGCACAAAUGAUAACAAUUGUGAUACUAGACUAAGCUUUAAUUUCGUUACAAGACACGUGACCAGUGUUAAUUCCACAUUGAAACUGAUUGAAUUGCGUGAUAGGGAGGAUGGAAUGCUGAAGACGUAUUGGUCAUUCCUAGACAGUGAUACUGAUUGUUUUCAGGUUCCAGUAGAGAUCCAUUUGGAUGGACUGACCUUGUUUGUGAUUGAUAACUUUGGUAAUAUUUUAAAGCAAGAUUUAUAAGAGCAACCACGAGAGCUAGAGAAAAUACAAACCAGUUGUCGGUAUCAGAAUCUCUUAGAGAUUAGUUUUAGAAAAGCCCGACCAAAUAUAGAAUAGAUUAAGUCAAUAUUUACUGUCGGAGGAAAUACAAAAGAAAAUGAUAUUAUACAUAUAUUUAGAACCCUCUUUAGAGAAAAUUAGGCAUUUCAUUCCAAAUUAAAUGUGUUCCACUGGAUGCUCCGAACUUUUGACCCUAGUCAUAAUACGAAAUUCGUACAUUUAGUUCGAUUACAUCGAAUAUCGACUUUCUUGCAUGGUUAAUAAAUAUGUAAAACUGCAACAU